AUGUAAACAAAAGCAUAAUAGUUUAAAAUCUAAGGAAAUGAAGCUUUUUAAAAUUAGAAAUAUUAGGAAGCCAUAUAAUUCUAUUCUUAAGCUAUUGUAAAGUAAUAAAUUAAUCUAGGCUGAAGAUAAUACUGAAAGUGUAUUCUUUUCUAAUAGAGCAAUUUGUUAUUAUAAUUUAAAGAGAUAUCAAGAAGCCUGUAAUGAUGCUACAGAAGCUUUAGAAUUAGAUGAAAAGAAUAUCAAAGCUCAUAUGAUUGCUGGUCAAUCAAUUUGUAUGUUAGCAAAAGAAAGAUAAGAGAGCUCAAAGAUUGAUACAGGUAUCUAAAGGAUAUUAAAAGGUUAUUUUGUUUAAUAAUCUAUAGCUAGAACUUUAUGUGCAGGUUAAAAGAAAUCAGAAUAUGAAAAGGAUAUUGAUGAUAAAAUUAAUAAAGCUAAAAAACUGAAGUGGUUUAUUUAGUAAGAAGAGGAGAAAAUAAAAAAUUAAGAAAUAGUUUAAUAGUUAUAAGAAUUAGUAAAGAAUGAUGUUAAAUUAACUUAACAUGAAAAAUAAAUAACUUUAGCUUAAAUUGAUAAAUAUAUUACAAAUGAAAAACCUAAAUUAGAAAUACCAGAAUAUUUAUAGUGUCAUAUUACUAAGAAGUUGUUAAUUGAUCCUUAUACAACAGAAAUAGGAUAUUCUUAUGAAAAAUAAGUUCUAUUCAAAAUAAACCCUUUAAUUCAAGAUCCAUUCACAAAGUACAUUUUCUUUAUUAUAUUAGUAAACCUAUCAAUCCACAAAUUAUAUAUCCGAAUAUAAAUUUAAAGUAAGCAGCUAGUGAGUUUUUAGCUUAGAAUCCUUGGGCAUAUGAUUAUAAUGGAGAUUAGAGUUAUAAGGAUAUUGAGAUUUGAUUCG